AAUAUUUAUGCUCGACUGCGCUCACGGAGUAACCAGACUGUGCCUCUUGUGUGGGACACUUCUUGUCUUCUCAGAUAUUGAAGGCGGUCAAUGCUAAUAGUUAUUUCGACAAACAACUUAGUUUAGGAAAAAACAAUCUAAGGUCAGACAUGAGGCUGCCCUGUGUUCUCCUGCUCUGCCUGGGAGCUGCCACGGUCUCCGCUGCCUUUGUGCUGUCCCCGACACACUGGACAAAACUCAUCCUGACCCAUCACUGGCCGACGACCUUCUGCAAAAUGGAACACUGCCAUCCCAAAUUCAACUAUUGGACACUGCAUGGACUCUGGCCGGAUAAAGGGUUGCAAUGUAAUUCAUCUUGGGCGUUUAACUCUUCAUUAAUACAGGACAUCAUGGAAGACAUGAAGAAAAGCUGGCCAGACCUUCUCCAUCCAAGUUCCACUGGAUUCUGGAAGUACGAGUGGCAGAAGCAUGGGACCUGUGCUGCCGUAGCACCCGACCUGGACAGUCAGCACAAGUACUUCAGCAAAGCUCUGGAGCUCUACCAUAAAAUAGAUCUUUCCAGUGUUCUGAAGAAGUUCAACAUCACGCCAUCAGAAGAGUUCUACAAGUUUCCAGCCAUCGAAUCCGCCAUAGAGAACUUCUACGGGGUCAAGCCGAAGAUCCAGUGUGAUCACCACACGGGAAAUGGUGCCCAGAGCCUGGGGCAGAUUGAGAUCUGCUUCGACUCUGACUUCACGUUGCUCGACUGUGAAAAGGGCAAAGGGCGCGCCAGGGCCUCUGAGUUUAGGGUGUGUGACCAGGAUAAACCUGUGUACUAUCCACCUCUGUAAUGACGCCCACCUCAUGGCUACAGCAGCACACUACAUGAGUGCAUCCAUUCCUACUGCUCUGGCAAUACCGGAAACCUUUAUUGUUUUUCAUGGCCAGGGUGACAGACAUCUGAACUUGGAUCGCUAGGUCAACCUCAAAUCUUUGUAGGUCAUGUGCCAAGUUUAUGACACAAAUCUGGAAUGCGGACAAUGAAACUGAGGUUAUGAGAGGUUUAUACACAUACACACACGCACGAAGGCCACACACAAGUUUGUACAAUUCAAGGAUCUUUGCACGGAUAAAUGCACAAAUUUUUUUGUGCCUUCUACUCAAUUGACUGUAUGAAAAAAAGAAUUAAUCUGCUUUUCAUCAGUGGUAUUGUAUUGUUGUACUUGCAAAUACAGGAAUUCAAGUCAUGUAUUUAUAGGAGGAGCGGGCUCACAAUAAAAUUACUUGAUUCAUUACUUGAUUCUAGCUAUGGUAUGAUUUAUAAAUGUGUUCUACUUGAAGUUGUUUGCUUUAAAUCGAAAUAAAAACAUUCACAACAACGGUCUAAUAAUGGUCUGAGACUGA